UGAGAUUUGUACUUCCUCUUUAUGAAGUCAUAAAACACCCUUUAGCUCAUCCUGUUGUCUUUAACAAGUUUCAGCCGUCAGCUCUGCAAAAAUAUAAGGAUGAGACGUCCAACCAGCUGCUCCUCCAGUCUCCUCUUCAUCCUUGUCCUCCUCUUCCUCUCCGAGAGCUGGGGCCAGAGGUUGAACACAGACAACAAGAAGCCAUCCUGCGAUCACUGCAACCAGCAGCUCUUCUGUAACUGCUCCCACAAUGGAUUCACCAGUGUUCCCAGUGUAACGGGCAGUGCCUUGAGUCUUGAUCUUUCCUUUAACAAAAUAACAGCUGUGACCAAUGAUGACCUGACGGGCCACACGCAACUGAAGGUUCUCGAUCUCCACGGUAAUGGCUUAGCUGAGAUCCAUCCAUCAGCUUUUGACUCUCUGUGGAGCCUGGAACAGCUGGAUCUCUCUUACAACCAGCUGACUAUGCUCAACUACAAAUGGUUCAGCAAGCUAGAAGCUCUGCAGCAGCUCAACCUACUCAACAACCCAUACAGUUACCUCGGUUCUCCUCCAGUAUUUGGGGCCCUCGUCAGACUAAGGAAGCUGGCCCUUGGAGGUCCUUCUCUGAAUGAGCUCAGGAGAGGAGAUCUGUCUGGAGUCACCCAGCUGGAGGAGUUAACUGUUCAUGCAAACAACCUGACCAGCUAUGACGCUGGUACAUUAGCACACAUUUGGCCGCUAGGUCAUGUCACUUUGAGUCUCCAUGGUCCAUUUCUAACAAAUGUGACCUUGGCUGGGGCUAUGAUUGAUGAUGUGUCAUAUCCUGAGACACCCAUCAUUCUGAAAGACAUCCAUUUGAUCGGAGUUCAGUCUGUUCAGCCCUUUAGUAAGGCAGCCAAAAGGAGGAUCAGGUAUUUGACCCUACAUAAUGUUUCUGUGUCUGAUGAGGCUAUUGUUGACUUGCUGGUGGUAUUAGAUGGAGUUCCACUGACCAAACUUACCAUAGAAGAUGUCACACUAACGGGCGAAGGCUGGUGGGAGAAAGCUAGCAAAACUGAUCACAAAAGCAUAGAUGAGUUCCACAUCCGUAACGUUGUGAUUCUGGAUGUCUACAAAUUUACCUCACUUCUACAACUGGGUUUUCUGCUGGAGUAUCCAAGAAGGGUGUCUGUCAUAAACGCCAAGGUGUUUGUGAUGCCUUGUCUUACGUCCCAUCUGCUGAAGAACCUGCAGUACCUUGACCUGUCCGACAACCUUCUGACAGACCUGACUCUGGUGGAGACACUUUGCGGCACAACACAAACUUUGAUGGACAUCCGAGUUUUAAACUUCAGUGGAAACGCUCUGAAGUCUUUGUCCACCGUGAGCCGACUGGUCACAAAGUUCUCUAAACUGACACACCUGGACAUUAGUAGGACCGGUUACAGCUUCAUGCCCUCAAGCUGUCCUUGGCCUUCCACCCUGCGAUUCCUAAACAUCUCCGGGGCUAAGUUCACAGCCAUUACCCCCUGUCUACCCAAAACCCUGGAGGUGCUGGAUUUGAGUAACAACAACCUUAAAGAUUUCACUCUACUUCUGCCUGUACUCAGGGAGCUGUAUCUCUCUGGCAACAAGUUUCUGAGGUUGCCUUCUGGGCUAUCCUUCCCCAAUCUACAAACCCUGACCAUCCAAUCAAAUACCCUGAACAUGUUUGGCAAAACAGACCUCCAGUCAUACCAGCGACUCGAGAACCUCCAGGCUGGUCAGAAUAAGUUUGUCUGCUCCUGUGACUUUGUCAGCUUUGUCCAGUUGGAACUCCGAGGAGGUGGCGGUAUAGAACUGACAGAUGGAGUGGACAGCUACAUCUGCGACUCCCCUUUCUAUCUACAGGGACAGCCAGUGGAUCAAGUCCGACUCUCAGUUGUCAUGUGCCAUCAGGUUUUGUUUGUGUCAGUGAGCUGUGGCUUGGCGUUGUUUGUAGCCAUUCUGCUAUCUGUGGUGCUGUGGCGCAUCCAUGCCUUUUGGUACCUCAAGAUGAUCUGGGCAUGGCUCAAGACCAAGCGUAAUUCUCGACAACGGCAGCAACGCAGAGAUAAGGCAGACACAGAAGCCCUGAUAUCCUUCGAUGCCUUUGUUUCCUACAGUGAAAGAGAUGCUGGCUGGGUGGAAAAUUUUUUGGUACCUGAGCUAGAGGAGCCAAGCGAAAGCAGCUCUGGGACUAGGUCGGCAUCCCACCAGCCAUUGACUCUCUGCCUUCACAAGCGGGAUUUCCUUCCUGGACAAUGGAUUGUGGACAACAUCAUGAAUGCUAUCGAACGCAGUCGGAGGACUGUCUUCAUCCUCUCCGAGAAUUUUGUGCAGUCUGACUGGUGCCGCUAUGAGCUUGACUUCUCUCACUUCUGGCUUUUUGAAGGUCAUGCCACUGGUGAGGCAGCCAUUUUGAUCCUACUAGAGCCGUUGUCCAAGGAUGACGUCCCCAAACGCUUCUACAAACUGCGCAAACUGAUGAGUUCCACCACCUACCUAGAGUGGCCACAGGAGGACGAGAAGAGGGAGGAGUUCUGGAGGAGUCUGCGUAAUGCUUUGAGAGGAAACGAUAACUAAAAGGGCAGAAUAUGAUAAAGAAUGAGAAGAAAAGGAAAAGAGUUGGACAAUAAGGGAUACAAGAGAGGGAUAAAUAAAGUCAAAGUAAAGCUGUAGCAUUUUAAUUCACUGAUAUCCAUUUUUUUCAUUUUUCAUUACUGAAAAUCACAACCCAAAUUUAUUCCUGUGUUUUGGAGAAAAGCAAAAAGGACGGGGUUGUGGUUGAUAUCAGUUUCUGUCAGUCCAAGGAGGUGGCCUCCUCCACCAACUAGGACAUCAUUGUCACUAGGGAUGGGAAUUGAUAACAAUUUAGCUAUCCCAAUUCUUGUUUCACUUAUCGAUUCUCAUUGUCUCCAAUUUGAGAGUCACCACCAUCUCUAAGCAGCAUAUCAAAGACAUUAAAAUCAUACAAAUUAAUUACAUGCUGUAUGCUCAAAUGUUUGUACAUGUCGGAGGCAUUUUCCCUCUUUGUUGUGAUCAGUUUUGGGAUUAUUACUCAAAAAAGGUAAUUAUUGCACAUAUUGCAAAGAACACUCUUCUUUAAAGUAAUGCAGUACAUUACUUCAUUACAACCAGGAUAAAGACGUUCGUUAUACUACUCAUUACUUUAAUUUUACUAUUCAAAAUGAUCUGAAAAACACUUUCAUAUUAUCACCAUUCACAAUAUAAACCUGAGGCUACAGCCCUAAACACCAACACAAAUCCCUAUCCUGAUGACACAUGUAAGCUUUCUCUUAGUAUUUAGGUAUGAACACAAAGUCAACAGCACAAAUCAAAGAUGAAAACAAGCACAAAGUGAUCACCUCAGUGAUUCUAUUUUAGAAACUUUAACAGGUAGAAACAGAGGUUUUUGCCUGUUAAAAUUCAGCAGCAGCUGGCUUCACUGCAAAUGACACCUCACUUUAGCAUGGUCCCUGGCUUGGGUUAGCAUUUACUCAGCUUUAACAUCACUCUGGGUUCUUGCUAGCUUAGAGGUAGCAUGCUGUGCAGGUGCUUGGGAUGAGCCAAAGUCGUGUUAACAGUAUAAUGCUGUUGUUUCUCUCCUGGAGAAGUCUCCAAUUUACCAUUGUGCUCUCAUCAUUGAAUGCUAUAAAAGUAAAAGUAGAAAAACACAUUUUCUUCCUCAUUUUAAAACUUAAAGCAUGCUUGAGUAAAUUUUCUAUUAAAGUAUGAUGCUGUCAAGUUAACAUUAAACACUGAAUGAACGUGUGCCUCUGUAAUACUUUAAUCAACAACAAAUUCUAAUGAGUCAAAAGCAGGGUGUUUUUUGUUCAUUCAGUGCUUAAAUUUCAAACUAUAUCAAAUGCUUGGAUUGUAGAUGUGUAAUAUUGAAAUAUUUCAUCCAGAAAAACUUAAAGUUAAAGCUUUUGGAGCUGUAAAGCUUUUAACUGUAGGUGUGUUAACCAUGAUGCUUUGCCAAACAUCACAAUAAAUUAUUUGUAAUAAAGACAAAUUACAAUAAAAUGAAACCUAUAAAAACAUACAUCUAUUUUCA